CCUUGGCCUUCGUGUCGCUGCUCCAGCUUGUAAUUAUCUUGGCCACAAGUGGCCGCCCGGCUUUGUUCUGCAGUUAGCUGCUCCUUCCUCAGUCCUUCUGAGUUCCUGAGUCACUCUCAAGCCCCAGUGUGCACAUCCAGACUGGGAUGGCUGAUAAACAGUAAAGAAGCAUCAUGAAAGAGUCAAGGGGAAGGAAGCGAAGAUGAUCUGGUCCAGCAGCCCUCACCUGUUGUCCUUAGACAUAAGGUCUCAUAGUGGACCCUCCCUUCCAGGACCAUCCCCUUCUAACCUUCCUCCAAGAGCUCAGAUGUGAUAAGGCCGUGGCUCCCCAUCCGGGUCGGAGCCGCUGUGAUAGCUUCCUGGCUUCUCCAUCGACAGAGCCAUAGGACUUCCCACCCAGAAUCUUCAGGUAAAUGAGAUCAUGAUUCUGGAAGGAAGUGGUGUAAUGAAUCUCAACCCGGCCAACAACCUCCUUCACCAGCAGCCAGCCUGGAUGGACAGCUACCCCACAUGCAAUGUUUCCAGCGGUUUUUUUGGAGGCCAGUGGCAUGAAAUCCACCCUCAGUACUGGACCAAAUACCAGGUGUGGGAAUGGCUGCAGCACCUCCUGGACACCAACCAGCUGGAUGCCAGCUGCAUCCCUUUCCAGGAGUUUGACAUCAGCGGAGAGCACCUGUGCAGCAUGAGUCUGCAGGAGUUCACAAGGGCGGCAGGCUCGGCUGGACAGCUGCUCUACAGCAACCUGCAGCAUCUCAAAUGGAACGGCCAGUGCAGCAGUGACCUUUUCCAGUCCACACACAAUGUCAUUGUCAAGACUGAACAAACUGAUCCUUCCAUCAUGAACACAUGGAAAGAAGAGAGCUAUCUCUAUGAUCCCAGCUAUGGUAGCACAGUAGAUCUGUUGGACAGUAAAACUUUCUGCCGGGCCCAGAUCUCCAUGACAACCUCCAGUCACCUUCCAGUUGCAGAGUCACCUGACAUGAAAAAGGAGCAAGACCACCCUGUAAAGCCUCACACCAAAAAGCACAACCCAAGAGGGACUCACUUGUGGGAGUUCAUCCGAGACAUUCUCCUGAACCCAGACAAGAACCCAGGGCUCAUCAAAUGGGAAGACCGUUCAGAAGGCAUCUUCAGGUUCCUGAAGUCAGAGGCUGUGGCUCAGCUGUGGGGGAAAAAGAAAAAUAACAGUAGUAUGACCUACGAGAAACUCAGCCGGGCCAUGAGAUAUUACUACAAGCGAGAAAUCCUGGAACGUGUGGAUGGGCGGCGGCUGGUCUAUAAGUUUGGGAAGAACGCUCGCGGAUGGAGAGAAGGUGAGAACUGAGGCUGCCAACCCUUGGGACACAAACCAAAGCACACAGCGAAUGGAUUAUGAUUAAUGAAGAGCUGGACGUAAAUAUUUCAAAGACUACUUUUCUGUGCUAUUUAUGUACCAUGAAGGGACAAGAACAAUCGGCUUCUGAUGGGAAGAAUGGACACUACAGUUGAUAAAAAAAAAAAAAAAAUUAUUUUGUUACUUUGAAGUAUGUCCUAUGUGGGGAACAAAUGUACACAGUUUUCUGUGAACUAUGAAGCUGUACGUGGUGUGAUUUGCUGUCGCCUCUGUUGUGAUGUUAUUUUCUACCCCGAGAACAACAGGGCCUGUAGCCUUGUGCUUCUUGUUAAAAGGAAGGGAUAAGAAAUGAGGGCAUUAAAUGUUUUCAUAUGCAAAAUGACUUAGAAAAAAACAGGUGAUGUGCUCUCUGCACACAAGCACCCAUGUGACCUCCUCUAGAGAAAUGAAAUUGGUUGACAGGACAAUGUUCAGGGUAUCAGAUUGAUGGGAACAACCCAAAGGAUGCUGGCAAGUUUAAUUUGACUUAAGAGAUAGAGAAA